GACGCAGAACUAACACUGGGCAAAGCCACAGGACUUGGGGACUGACAUAGCCAGCUGAGUGGGAAGUCCCAGCUGCCCAGGGAGACCUGACCCAGCAUGGAUGCCGUGGACGCUACCAUUGAGAGGCUGCGGGCACAGUGCCUGUCUCGAGGGGUCUCGGGGAUCCGGAGCUUGGCUAGGUUUUUCCGUCGCCUGGACCAGGAUAAGAGCCGAGCCCUGGAUGCCAGGGAGCUCCGGCGGGGCCUGGCGGAAUUGGGGAUGGCCCUGGAUGAGGCCGAGGCCGAGGGCAUGUGUAAGCGCUGGGACCGUGAUGGCAGCGGGACGCUGGACCUGGAGGAGUUUCUGCGGGCACUGAGGCCCCCCAUGUCCCAGGCCAGGGAGGCCAUCAUUGUGGCUGCCUUUGCCAAGCUGGACCACAAUGGGGACGGCGUGGUGACUGUGGACGACCUCCGUGAGGUGUACAGUGGCCGCGCCCACCCCAAGGUGCAGAGCGGGGAGUGGACCGAGGAUGAGGUGCUCCGCCACUUCCUGGACAACUUCGACUCCCCUGAGAAGGAUGGGCAGGUCACGCUGGCAGAAUUCCAGGACUACUACAGUGGCCUCAGCACCUCCAUGGACACAGAUGAAGAAUUUGUGGCCAUGAUGACCCACGCUUGGCAGUUGUGAGCAGCGCACCUGGCCGAGGGUCCCCUCCCAGCUGCCUGAGCCAGGGCCCCUCGCCCGACAGCCCCAACAGGGACACGGGAGAUCUGAGGCUGAAGAGCUGGCAGGACCAGGCCUCCUGCCGGGCUACCAGGCAGAUGUGCGCUGGCUCAGACCCCAGGGAGUGUGUCCUUCUGGGCCACAUUGCUGAACGAAGCCCUGUCACUGCAGAUGCCCCCUGCCCGCCGCGGCCUGCAGAAAGCCAGGUGACCCCUGGGUGGGAAGGCAAACAGCAAGUCCGAGUGGAGGCUCUGCGUGGCGGUGGCCAGUCCCGAGAGGCAGUUUGGACACCUGAGAGGCAGGGCAGGGCUGUCUGGCUUCCUGAGGCCCCUGGGGCAUGCAGGAGGCCGGGGGUUUAGUUAAAAGUUUUAAUGUAGUUCCCAAAUACAUUUCAUAUGACAAUCUUACAUAAAUGUUCCAAAACA